AUGGCAACCUUCCACCCCUUCCCCCGUCUGCCCUACGAGCUGCGCAUGCAGAUAUGGGAGAUGACAGUUGAAUCCCGCAUAGUAGACGUCAAAGUUUAUUAUGACCCAAUUCCGAAUGACUUCGGUCUUUCAACUACCACGCUGGUACCUCCCGUUCUCCAGGCCUGCCAAGAAGCGCGAAAUCAUGGACUGUAUAAGAGAUGUUUCUCUGAGCUAGCUCUUCCUAACUACCGAGCGCAGUACGUGUGGGCUGACCUCAAUAUCGACACCAUUGACAUCGGAGAUACCUAUUUCGAAAGAUACGAAAAAGUCGCCAAGUCCAUCCGCUACCUCAAGUUCGCACGCGAAAUGCAGUCAGAGUAUUUCUACCACUCUGAGACUCACGACAUUUCGCAUUUCGUCAACGCAAAAGAGAUUUGGAUCGUGCCUCUCGAUGGACUCGGUUGCUGUGUCGGAGCCGGAGAGGAGCAUUAUUGGCCAUGUGGCCCGGAAAACUUAUUUUACAUCGAUCCUGAAAACCCUGAGCGAGUGUUCAGAGGCUGGGAUGGGGAAGUCGAGAUUGAUGCUCUGUAUGCCUGA